CAAAAGAACUAGAUAUUACCUGGGAGCAUUGUAGUAGGGUGGAUCCAAACAAUAGAAAUAAGGUGCGAUGUAAGUAUUGUAAAAAAGUAUAUUUUGGUGGAGUAAAUAGAAUGAAAAAUCACCAAAAAAGAUGUAGUCGUGUGUCCCGUAGUUGAUGAACCCACUAGCUGCUCUUUUUGUACUUACUUAAAGGUUUAAACGAGGAAAAAAGAAAAAAGAAUGACGAUGACGAUGAAUGUUUUGAGAUAGACAGUUUAGAUGGGACAUUGAAAUCUUACGUAGAAAAAGGAAAAGGAAAACAAAGCCCUAGUGGUACCGUAUUUGUGAAAUCUAUUGACACAUCAUCAUUUGCUAAAGAUGAAAAAAAGCUGUUUGAAAUGCUUAAUGCAGUUGUUGAAGAAGUUGGGGAGAAAAAUGUAGUUCAAGUUAUCACGGAUAGUGCUUCAGCUUAUGUGCUAGCUGGUUCUAUGUUGGAAAAUGCGAGGCCUCACUUGUUUUGGAAUCCAUGUUCCGCUCAUUUACUUGAUUUAAUAUUGCAAGACAUCGGAGAAGGCAAAACUUUCAAAGACACCAUAGAUAAAGCAAAGAAAGUUACUAUGUUUAUCUAUCAACAUUCUGUUUUAUUAUCCAUGUUCCGAAAGUUCACCGGUGAUCAAGAGUUAACACGAGUGGGAGUUACAAGAUUUGCUACUUGUUUUCUUACUUUGAAAAGGAUGCAUGAGUUAAAAACUCCCCUUCGAGAAUUAUUUGCUUCAAGAGAUUGGGUGGAAUCUACUUUUAACUAGUGAUGGAAAGUUGGUUGAAAAGAUCAUUUUAGGUGAUGCUUACUUUUGGAAAGCAAUAAGUCAUUGCCUGAGUUGUGUAGUUCCCAUAUAUAAGGUGUUAAGGCUCAUGGAUGGUGAUGUGAAACCGGCAAUGGGAUAUAUAUACGAAGCCAUGGAACUUGCAAAAGAGCAGAUAAAGAGCAACUUUAAUGGUGUUAAGUCAAGGUAUAAACCGAUUUGGGAAAAGAUCGACCAGAGAUGGAAUUUGCAAAUUCACAGGCCACUUUAUGCCGUAGGAUACUAUCUUAAUCCUAGUCUUCACUUUGAAAGAAACUUUAAAGCCGAUCAGUAUAUCAAGCGCGCAUUAUUUGAUUGUAUAGAAAAGCUCUAUGAUAGACCCACUGUGAUAAAAAUUCAUGAGCAACUUGCAAAGUUCCACGAUAGCAUUGGAAUGUUUGGUAGUGUCGGGUGUAUGGAAAUGAGAAAGAGGAUGCAACCUGCUAAAUGGUGGGAGACUUACGGAGAUGAAUGUCCAGAACUUCAACAGUUAGCUAUUCGUGUUUUAAGCCUCACAUGUAGUGCAACUGAUUGCGUGAGGAAUUGGAGCACCUUUGAUCAUAUACACUCAAAAAAGAGGAAUCGCUUGGAGCAACAAUGGUUAAAUGCAUUGGUCUUUGUCAAGUAUAACAUUAAUCUCGAAACAAGACUCCAAAAAAGAAAAGAAAGGGGGGAAACUUAUGAUCCGAUUUGUUUGUCGGACAUGGAGUCGGAUGAUGAGUGGAUCACCGAGAAAGAAAAUGUGUGUCUUCCGAAAGAUAUCUCAUGGAUGCAUGUUCAAGAAUUUUUUCAAGAGGAUGAAGAAACAAGUUCUAAAAAGAGAAAAAGAGGACCAAGAAACUUAAACAAAGUCUCAGUUGACAAGAACAUAGGAAAAAACAAAAUUGUUGAUGUCCAUGAUGAAGAUGAGGAUGGACUAGAUGAAGAUGGACUCCACGAGACAACCGUGAUUUUAGAUGAAGAUGAUAAGUACUUUGAUUCCGACCCUUAGUUUUAUGAUGCUAUCAAGUCUUUUGUCAUUUACUUGAUUACAAGAUCGCUAGUUACAUCAUUUUGUAUGGUAAAUAUGUAAGCUUGACCCUUUGUAGUGUAAAUUUGGAUUGCUAGUGUA